CUGCGUGACGGGACCGACAUGCCACUGCACUUCGGGUACCGACAACAACAGAAAUAAUAUGGUCCUUCAUCCUGCAGAAGCCGUCGUUUGUGGUUUUGCUGUCUUGCUCAACAAGACACGAAAUCCUUUGUCUUGCCGGAGAGAACCCCGCGCCGAAGUCGACGCCCUGCCCCUGAAGGAGCGUCCCAUGUGUCCUGAACACCUCGAAACCUGUCUUGGACCUAUCGAGCUGACAACGGCUGGAUGAUAAGGCCCGAGACUCUAGAAUUCGGGGCUUUGAACUCGAAGGGCGUACCGAGUAGCAAGCGCCGGAGCAACUAGCCCUUGUAAAGACUUUCCAGUGCCAUCAGUGGGCACAUAGCCGCUCUGUUUCUCGUUAUCAGAGGAAUACGAAAUUUGCCGGGCAUGACUCAGCUUCCACUUCCUGCUCCGACGGUUCAGCGGAAAUGACCCGAACUGGAGCUGCCCAUGCUUCCCCAGACUUUACUUCACUUUCGACCUAUCCCCGCAAAACGCUUCAAGCGGCGCACUGUGAGCUAGAGUCCAGACGGGUCGUGUCGGUAUCAUGUGUUUUCUGGCUUGGGCGAAGAUUGUCCCGGUGCGUUUGCCGGGACACACCUGUGUUUGAAACUAGCUUUCUCAAAAUGGCGCUAUCUGGGGGCGUGGAAAUCAACAGGGGAUGGCGUGAUACGGGGGAAGCGAUACAUGGAACGCAGAUGGCUGUGGGGAGAGUCAGAGCCACGCCCGGAGGUGCCAAAGUCGAUACUGGUGUGUUGUUAUGGCCCCAAGUCCCCAGUUUUCUGAGGGAAGUGGCCAAGAUCCCGAGAUUCUCCGACAUGCACAAGCAGAGAGCUUACUCUGUGCAUCCAUUUGGUCAAAGCUGGCGGUAUGUGAGUGGCGUCUGAAAAUCUGUCAUAUUCUAGUUGCCUCAGGUGAGACGCAAACAGAGAGAUUGGAAUUUGUGCCGUUGAACGAUUUUGGGUUUUGGAACACAUGCCCCUCUUACUGUCACAUGUGAAAAGAUAAGAAAAAAGGGGGGGUUACCCCAGGGAGAAUCAGUCCCUUUGCCUAAAAGAAAAAGUCAAGUAUGAUGUCAGCGCAUAGAUUUGGGGAACCGGAAUGACUUGAGAGACGGUAAAAUUCUCCCACAUUUGUAAAAAAAAAAAAAAAAAA